CGAACCUUGCCCUUAAACCCAAACCCUCACACGCCGCUCGGAACUUCCAGAACUUUCCGCCUCGCCAUGGCGGCCACCGCCGCCGCCACGGCCCCCGAGGGAUCCGCGCGCAGGAGGGCGGCGUACGCGAGGCCGGAGCUCGAGGCGCUCAGGGGCGCCCCGUCGGAGGAGGCGCAGGCGCGGCUGUGGACCGAGGUCCGCGCCGCCCUCGUCGCCGCCGGCUGCUCCGGCGAGUACGACGGGCUCCUCGCGGCUGAAGACGAGGAGCCUAGGAGCAGGAGGGGGAGCAAGGGGAGGAAGGCAGCGGGCGGGGGAGGCGCUGGGGCCGGGAGGAAGUGGGGCGAAGAGGCGGCGGCGGCGCCCCCGUUUUCUGGUGUGCCCGAUAUUGGUGCGUGGAGAAACGGGGAUUUGGGGGUUUCUCACGAACACUGCUUGGAGGCUGGUGCUCGUGGCCCUGUUGUGGCUUAUGGAGUGGUUGAAGAGCAGGGUGAAGAUGUGGAGUAUGAAGAUGACAGCGAUGAUGACUAUGAGGGCAUUUUGAAGCCUGCAUUUGCGGUGGACGGGGACCCCGAUUUCGAGUCUGGAGAGCCUUUUGACGGUUUUGAGUAUCUUCGGCGUGUCAGGUGGGAGGCUAGGCAAAUCCCUAGAGUGAAGGUAGCCAAGGUGGAUUUGAGUGCAGCUAGAAAGGAGCAAACGCCUUAUAUGCCAGAAAUUCCUGACAUACCCAAGUACUCACCUGAUUUGCGCGCAUCAAAGCAAUGGGAGGAUGCAUUUCUUACCCAUUUUUCUGAGACCAGGCUGGUGUUCUCCGAGCAUGUCAGCUCUGACGAACCAUCUGUAUCUGGUGGAAUGAAAAACUACACAAAACCUGUAAGCAGCACGGAACCACAGAUUGACCCAACACUGACAAUGCUUUGCAACAUGGAUGCAGUUGCGAUAGCUGCGACGCUAAGGAACUACAUAGAUAUGAUCCAGAGUUUGGACUCACUCUCAAGGAAUAACUGCCUAUGGCUCUUUGCACUCUGUGUAGCCGUAGAUGCUCCCUUGGAUGCAGAGACAUGUGCCUCCCUAAGGUCCUUGCUGCGCAAGUGCGCAACCAUCCUUGCCACAAAGUCAGAGAUGGACGACGAGGUUGUAAUGCUGAAUAUACUGAUGGCAAUAUCUGGAAGGUAUUUUGGACAGUAUGAACAUAGAUGUGAGUAGGGGAUUGUGAUAUCACCGUGGUAAAGCUGCAUUUGUCGCUAUGAGUUCUAUUUGGCACAACAGGUUUGAUGCUUUGAACAAUUAAUUAGAGCAAGAAUAUCUACGAAAGCUUUCCCUGGCCCUAUUGUAAUGGCUGAUGUAGGAAAAUGCAUUUGAGAUGGGCGCUGCGACUCCUGAAAGUUGGCAUC